UUAAACAGAAGAAGAAGAGCUCCAGCGCCUGGCUGCUGUGUGGCUGUUCACUAUUGUUAAAGACGAGCAGCGAACAGCUUUAAAUUUGUUGUUUAUAUUUAUAAAAAUCACAACAACAGUCUGUGUUCGCUGUUAUCCUGUAAGGAGAAACAGGAGGAGGAGAGCUACAGGAGGAGGACUGAGCUGAGGAGGAAUAAUUACUGUCUGUUAUUGGAAAAUGCUCCGGAUUUGACUGAAUAAAGGUGUCCAGCGUUACAAUGGAAGCAAACUCCAUCCUUCCUAUCCUCAAAAAGAAACUGGCCUUUCUCUCAGGGGGCAAAGACCGUCGCAGUGGUCUGAUUCUGUCCAUCCCCCUCAAUUCAGAUCAGACCAGUAUGGAGGAACUGAGUGCCUCACUGGACUACCUGCUCAGUAUCCCCAGUGAGAAAUGUAAAACUCGAGGUUUCACCGUUAUUGUGGAUGGGAGGAAGUCUCAGUGGAACACUGUGAAAACCGUGGUCCUGAUGUUGCAGAACGUGAUCCCAGCAGAGGUUUCUCUUGUCUGUGUGGUGAAGCCAGAUGAAUUCUGGGAUAAGAAGGUCACUCACUUCUGCUUCUGGAAGGAGAAAGACCGCCUGGGCUUUGAGGUGAUCCUGGUCUCRGCCAAUAAGCUGACUCGUUACAUUGAACCCUCUCAGCUGACGGACGAUUUUGGAGGAAGUCUGGACUAUGACCACAGUGACUGGCUCAGCAAAAGACUGGUUUUCGAAAAGUUCACAAAGGAGUCGACGUCACUGCUGGAUGAACUGUCAGUUAUCAACGACAGUGAAAAAAGUGCUUUGGUGGACAAAGACAAAUCUGCUGACUGUGCUCUUUUGCCAUCCUUUGACCCUGAGACCGUCCUUCAGACUGGUCAUGAACUGUUGUCAGAGCUGCAGCAGCGCAGGUUUAACGGCUCAGAGGAAGGCGGAGGUGGACAGGCAGGUCCAACUUGGUGCCCCAUGGAGGAGGAGUUGCUUGCUCAGCCUCAGGUCAUGAAGCUGCUGGACUCUCUCAGAGAGCAAUACACCAAAUACCAGGAGCUCUGCCGGCAGCGUAACAAGCGAGCACAGCUGGAUGAGAUUCACACCAAGGUCAUGCAGGUGGUCAACUGGCUGCAGGGUCCAGGUUCAGAACUGCUGAAGAAUCAUCAAGCAGUUGGAGACUCUGCACGAGCAGCUCGGGCCUUGCAGCAGAAACAUGAGGAGAUUGAGAGUCAGCACAGUGAGUGGUUUGUGGUGUACGUGGAGUUGAACCAGCAGAUUGCUGCCUUGCUUAGUGCUGGUGAGGAGGACGAGGGAGUGACGGAGCUGAAGGUGUUGCAGCAACAACUCAGUGAUGUUUGUUAUCGACAUGCGUCUCAACUGGAAAGCCGUCAGAACGUUUUGCAGGCGGCGCAGGUCUUUCACUGCACCACACAGGAGUUGUCCCAGCAGUUGGAUGGUCUUCUGGGCAUGCUCUGUGCUGAUGUUUCUCCAGCCGACGGGGCGUCUAUUCAGCAGAACCUCAAACUGCUGGAGGAGAAACUGCAGACUGUYGAAGCAGGUCUGACCUCCCUUCGUCAGAAGGGGUCUCUGUUGCUGGAGCAGAUGUGCAGCAACUCAUCUUGGUCUCUUGAGGAAUCAGAGAGUCCAGCUGGAGAGCAGCAGGACAACAUUCAGCACAUCCAGGCUGUGAUGGAGGAGAUGGAGCUCCGCAAGCAGAGGUGUGAGGACAUGGUGGAUGUGAGGAGGCUGAAGAUGCUGCAGAUGGUCCAGCUGUUUAAAUGUGAAGAAGAUGCUUUACAGGUCAUCGAGUGGCUCAGUGAGCUGUUGGACGCCUUGUUGAAGACUCAUGUCAGACUGGGAGACGACUCUCUGGAGACGAGGACCAUGUUGGACAAACACAAGAAGUUUGUGGAUGUUGGUCAGAGCACCUAUGAUUAUGGCCGUCAGCUUCUGCAGGCAACCAUCGUUCUCUGCCAGUCCCUGCGUUGUACGACGCGCUCAUCUGGCGACACGCUGCCUCGACUCAACCGAAUGUGGAAGCAGUUAAGUGUCACUGCUGAUGAGAGGCAGCAGCGACUGGAGCUGGCACUCAACUUCCACACAGUUACUGAAAAGGUGUUGCAACAGGAGUGUGUGGAGAUGGAGUGCCUCGAUGAAGUUGAUGCUGCAGGGAAAACUCUGCUUGACAGACUUGGGAUGCCUGUUAUCUUCCCCGAUGGGAGUGAACAAUUCUUUGGGAGCCCCAGCGACACCGCCUCGGCAGCAGAGGGUGUCAGAGAGCGCCUCCUGCUGGUCGAAGAGAGGCGUCUACAGCUGCAGGAGAUGAAGCUUCAUAAGAAACAGGAGGAAGAAGUGCUAAAUGGCCUGGAGGGGAGGUUAGAUGUGAUUGGAGAGGAGCCCAGUGAGAAAGAGGAGCAAGAUGAAGAGGAGAAAGAGGCGGAGCCACAGGAAGAUGACCUGGAGAGGGCUACACAGGACUGCUAAUGGAUGAUGUCAUACUCAACAGCUUUAAUGAAGCUUGUUGUUAGUUAAAGGCUGCUGACCUCUGACGUGACUCCUGCAGCAGAACAUUUUCCUGACUGAUGGUAUGUCUUUCCCUCUCCCACCCUCAGCAGUCUAAACAUCAAAAAGAAAAAUAUUGGAUUUAUUUGCUGGAAUGUUUAGCUAUCAUCGAGAACAAUAAUGGAAAGUUCACAUUCUUCUAACAUGUUCCCCUAAAACCAGCGCUCUGUCCUUUUCUCUUGAUGUGAGCAGAACUUCCAUGGUGCUUGUUGGUGGUCCUCAUGCUUUCUGUAAUGUCCCUUACAUUUUUACUCACAGAAAACUUAUGGCAUAAAAUGAAUUUUAAUUUCAAUUUAGGCUGAUUGAGUGGAUAUUUGUUGUUGAUAAAAAAAUGUAUUUCCUCAGGACUGUUUUAAAAAUGACGUGUCUUUAAAGAACAGAGGGUUCUCAAUGAGGCUGUUUUUCAGUCUUUCUUAUAUGAUGGAAUUCAAACGUCUAUACUUGAAACAACAGACUGUCCUUCCGACCAGAAACUUUUGUGUGUUCAGUGUCCAGCACUGAGACUGAAAAUCCUAUUUGCACAGCUUCAGAAAAGGGCAGAAUUUUGUUUCCUUUUAAUAUUUUUUAAGUUAAACCUGUUUUUAAUGCUUCCUGCUGUAAGCAUCUAUUUUCUGUAUCCUGCGUUCUGUCUUUACUAUCCAUUAACAAAAACUGUACAAAACAUUAUCCUCUAAAUAAAGAUAUUUAAACCGU